AACACUGGUCAAUUUGCAAGUUGAUUAGUGUUUCGUAGUUGGGUGAUCAUUGUUGUACUUAUGAUUCUGAAUCGUUGUCAAUUUGUCAUUGUCGACAGUCGGGACAAGGAAAGUCACCAUAACAAAGAUUAAUUUUUGUGAUAAACAUUGCUAUAUUUGUAACUGACGAAAAAUGAGCUAUGCGUACGUAUAUUUGCAUGGAAAAAACGGGAAGAAAUCGUACAAAUGUGUAAAAACUAGCCAAAUUAAACAAUUCAGCACGGUUAGCUUCGGACUCGAAUCCAAAAGUACAAGAUCUCAAGUUCCUUAUGUGCUUAUUCAUCCGGAUGGUUCUCGUGACACUUGUCAGGUUUUAGCUGUCGCAGAUUCUGCCGAUGAUAUUGAACAAAUCAGCAACAGUCAACGAUUCCCCGUUCCAAAACUGUCGAAUUCAGUAAUUGAUAGUGCCCGAUGGAAUGUAUCGACUUCUGAUUUGUCUGACAGUGAAUCAGAAAAAAAUGAAAGAAAAAAAAUCAAGAGUUUAAAAAGAAAAGUUUCUGACAAAGUAGAUCAAGAAAUUAUUAACAAAUAUAGAAAAAUGAACAAAGCUUACUCUAGUGAACAGAAAGAAAGAGAAGAAGAAGAGGAUGGAGAAGAAGAUUUGUCAGAGAACGAUCGCUCUAUUGAAGAAACAAGUUUGAAUAUACCAAAAUUUUCUUCAACGCCUACAUCAAAAAAUAAGCUGAGGAGUUCUCAACUAGAUCCAGUUUUUAUAGAUGUAAAUAAAGUGAAUAAUCGUUCUUGUAAUGUCGAUAUCGGUUCAAAAACCGAUGUGGAUUUAGAAGAUCAGUUGAAGGAUGCGCAAGAUCAAGUCAAGUAUUGGAAGGCUAAAUAUAAAAGUCUUGUUUUAUCACAAAACUACCCUUUAACAGAAGAAACAGGGCAGAAACUUGUCAGUCUUGUGAAUCAAUUAGCUGCAAACUAUGAAUAUGAAACCAAACCAGAAGAUAACGGUAGCGGUCGCAAAAAAGGAUCAACUAGUUCCACAUCUUCAAAAGAGAAAAAUCAUGAAAGCAUCAGCAAUAACUCAGGCGAGAAAAAAUCCACUUCGGACAGCCUUUCUCAAUCAAUUUAUGACUCAAAGGUAAAUUCUGUAUUCGAAAAAAAUUUCAAAGAUCCAGCUGAAUGCGCCAAAUCAAUUGUUAGAUCUCUAUGGACAACUGAAGAACUACAACAACGGGUUGUUCGUCUAAUAGCAGGCAAUGAUAAAAAAGUUUUGACACCUACUAAAGUAGAUAAAGGAAAAACUUUGUUUUCUGUAUGGUUAAAAGAUAAUGGUUACAUAAAGGCAGCUAAAACUAAAGAAAUGAGUCGCUGGAAUAAUCAUAUGAGUCGUGCUAUUGAAUCUGCUUUAAAAUUGAAAAAGAAACAGCUUGCAGUUAAGAAGAAAUCUACCGAAAACAAAGAAAAUAAGGAUAAUGCAGCAAAAACUCAAGAUGACGAGAAAAAAAAAAAUAUUGGUGAAGAAGAAACAAAUAGUGACAAUUAA